UCACUUAGGAAGAGUGAUGACCUCUUUUCACUCUUCCAAUGACUUCCUGCUCUUCUUUAGAGCUGUAUGCGUACACACGAUCAUUUUGGCGAUUAAAUAUUUCUUCAAUUGUAAAAAUUUUCUCAUCGCUAAACAAAAUCUUUCGAUGAAGACCAUUAGUGGAAGUGGUUAGCCUUUGUCCUGUCAUUCUUCGAAAUGCACCUAUUCUAAGGUCACUUUUUAUUAUGCGAGGCUUUGAUCUGACAGAGAUUCUCAUUUUCCGAGACUU